UUACCAUUUACCCUGUGUUACUACUCUUUACCCAAUUACCAUUAACCCUACCUCCCCCUAUCCACCGCUGCCGGAGCUACGAUUUUCAGGUUUCCGGCUGGCAGCAGCCACUGUUGACCGGCAGUCCACAGGAGAUUGAAGUUGCAUUUGGUGCCACGGUUUGUUCAGAUGGCGUAUGGACAAAAGGGACGUGGUAAGAAAUUCGAUCGCCCUCGUGCAAAAGAAGAGACGUAUGAAAUAUAUCCUGAAAUCAAAGAAUUCCCUGAUGUUAAUCUCAAACAAAAAGAAGAUUUCAGUAAAUUAAUAUCAUGGGGUGACGCUUUGCGAAGGUUUUGGGUUUCAUCUCCUUAUUAUUUGGAGGCUGCGGGUCAAGAUUCUGAAAGAAAUAUAAGAAAGCCUCCACUUUCAGACUUUAUGAAGGUUACUGAUGGCUAUGUUCCUGCAGAGCUAGUUACAAGGAAUGCGAGGCGCAGCAAUAAGAAGGUCCGAUGGGAUCCACAAUCAGACCUACAGAGAUUGGAUCUCUUUGAGAGGCUAGAUCAAGGGCCUCAGGGUCAAGAUGACGUUAAAAAGGAAAAGAAAGAAGAUGAAGAUGAUGAUGAUGAGGAGGAUAUUGAAAAUAUUGAAGAUGAAGAAGAGGACAGUGAUGAUUAUAAUCAGAACAUUGACUUUGAUGACGAUGAAGAUGUCUUCAACAUGGAUGAUGAUCUCGAUGGUGAUGAGGGGGGUUAUUACUAGAAGCUGCUUUGCUUGCUCAUCAGAUUCAAUAACCAGCCACAUAUCGGUACAUAUUUUGAUCUGCAUAUGAGGUUACUAGUUCCAUAAGAUUGAGAACAAUACGAAAACACCCUGGGCAUAUAAUCGUUCUACUGAGUAGUAUUCCAGUCAUUUUACUUCAGUAUAAGACCUUUUUUAUAUAUAAAUUUUGUUUUGAUUUUAUAUGUUUAUUUAAAUUUGAUGAUUAUUAGGAUUAGAUAGAAAAUUCAACUUACAGCUAUACUUUGUUAAGCAUUAGAUGGAAAUGCACAGAUUAUUAUUUAGAAACAAUCAAAGGGAGAUCAGGAGGCAAUCGGCGGGCUUAAACAAACAUUCAAGGGGGGAGAUCGGAAUUUUUGCAUACAAAAUACACUAAUUCUUUUUCAAGGGUACGCCAGUGACUCCAACCCGCCGCCGCCGCCACCACCUUCGACGUUACUUCAGUCCGUCAUCAUUAGGCACCAUAAAAAUA